AUGCCACAAAAGAAACAGAGCAAAUCAACUUGGGUGCUUGACCCUGCCGUAUGGGAUCAAGUAGUUGAUUCACCUGAGGAAGAUGCCAUGAUCCGUGAGGAUAAUCACACAAUUGAUGCAGCUGGUAGUCAGUUUAGCAAGGAAAUCUCUGACUCAGACUAUGUUCCAUCUGAAGCUCGGUCUGUACUACUCUCUGAAUUGGACUCCAACAAUGAGGCCAACGGCGAAGGGUGGGAGAUGAACCCCGGGGAUCUCAGAGCUAUGGUUGAAGCAGUCAUGCCUUCAUUACAAUAA